AUAUUUGCUAUUUUCAUAUAAAAAUAUAUCAUUGCAGUAUCCUGCGUUUUUUAUGAAAUGCAUUGCAUUUUCAAAGAAUCAGCUAAAUUAACUAAAUAACCCAUAGCGACAAGAAGACAAAUGUCCUUUUUUUCCUAUUGUGUGAACGAAAUCGUGUGAGGUGUAGCAGCGCUCUUCUUUUCCGACUAGAGGACAGUGUGACAGGAACAAGUUAAAACCCUUCGGAUAUAAGUGUCUUCCCCGAAUAUUAUCAAAUGGAUUUAACCAGAAAGCAAACGGCAAAAUAUAAUUAAAGCAACAGAUUCUCUGCCGCAAGCUGGGUAUUCAACUUGGGAAUAUAUCAUGAAGAGAAUGCACUUCCCGCCACUGCUACUGGUCUUGAUCAGCGUUGUUGUGAUAGUAAUUUCAGGAUCUCAUCCAGAAUCAACAAAGGGAGAAUGCAUCGAUGAAGUCAGUCAAGACAUUUCAUUCCGGGCCUUUCUCUGUCCCCAGGCUGCUUCUCUCUCUAAGUUAUUCGAACAAUUGAAAGGAGAGAAUCAAAGAAUACGCGUCAAAAUCACGGUGGAGAAGGUGGACGGACAGCUAAGACUGCAGCCUCCUCCCAACAUCUUCAUCAUCUCGCUUUCUCUUCAGAACGCGAACGUAACACAAAUAUCUAUUGAAAUGGAAAACCAGUCGUCGUUGUCAUCCUUAAGCCAGCUGGACCUGAGGAACAACCGCUUCUUUAAGCUGGAACACAUGCAGUGGAGCGUCCUGUCCUCGCUGACGGUACUCAUUCUCAGAGGAACGCCUGUGACUGAAAAGGCACUGACGUUAUUGUCGCAUCUUACUGCUCUCCAGCACCUUGACAUCUCCUCUUCUGGCCAUCGCUUCCUCCCUGAGAAAGUCUUCGACAAGAACCCGGAACUGCAACACCUCGAUUUAUCGAAUAAUGAAUUUAGGAAAAUAACACUACCUGGAAACUUAACCUUGAGGCUGACGCACCUCAACAUCUCGAGCUGUAAGCUGGACGAGGUGUCCGUGCUGACGGCGUGCGUGGAGGGGCCGUGUCCCACGCCCUCCUCCCAGGGGCGCCUGAGGACUUUGGACGUGUCCAACAACUCUCUGAAGUGGCUGCCAAGGAGGCUGGUGGAGUCCCUCAAAAAUGAUUCCUUUGUUAAUAUCAAAGAAAACCGCUGGAACGAGGCGUGCCAUAACUGCUCGCUCUACCACCUGUGGCAGUACUCGAGGCAGGCGCUGCACAUUGACGCCCGCGAGGAACUCGACUGCUUCAGCGAGGCCGUUCUUCGGAGCUGCGGCUGGGAGGACUGCCCCGCCGACUGCGACUGCGACAGCGGGAGGAAGACGGUGAACUGCACCGGGAAAGGCCUGGUGGAGCUGCCGAUCGUCGUGCCCUCCGAGACCGAGAUCUUCCUGGCGGACAACAACGUCAUCACCAACAUAGAUAACGUAGCCUUUCCCACGUACUGCAACCUCAGGCGCCUCAGUGUCGAACGCAACCUCGUGACUAAGCUUUUGCUCUCAGGACGAGGGAAAUGCGACUGUUAUACAUACGACUACUACAGUAAGGAUAGCAAGUGUUAUCCUCAGCAUCUCCACACAGUGUCCUUAGAUGAUAACAAAAUUAAGAGACUAACCGCUGCCGACUGUCCGUUGCUGUAUCCUCUGGGGACACUUACGAUGUCUAGAAAUAAGCUGGAAAGCCCCGGAGUGCAGGUCUGUGGCUCCCUACUACACCUGCUUUCCCUCGACCUCUCAAACAACAGUAUCGCCAACGUCACCUCUCUUGACCUCGCCACAUACCCGUCUCUGCAGGAUCUCAACCUCUCUCACAACGCCCUAAAAAAAUUCCCUCUCAACAUAACCGAUCUAUUGCCUAGACUCAAGACUCUGACUGGGACCUCGGGACUGUGUAUUAUUUUCGGAGACAACUCUAUGGUGAACUGCAGCCACGGUCAAGGCGGGGAAAAGGAAGGUCAAGGGAAGCCCGAGGUGAACUGCAGCCACGGUCAAGGCGGGGAAAAGGAAGGUCAAGGGAAGCCCGAGAACUGCAGUUGCCCAGAUCAUACAAUCUCGAUAAUAGUCAGUGCCGCCAUCAUCAUAGCAGUCAUAUUCUGCGUGUGUAUCACGAGUGUCAGGCGUUGGUACUCCCCUGGAGGAUACACCACGAAGGAGAUUGAAGGCACGAGUGAGUGCAAGUACUCAGUGUUCGUUGUCCACUCCUCAAAAGACCAUGAGAUGGUUCGAGAAAACCUUAUCAUACCACUUUUCCAACGCGGAUACAGUGUAGCCUGGCACGAGAAUGCGUUUGUUCCCGGGGCGUGGAUAUUGGAGAACAUAGAGAGAGCGGUGAGAAAUUCGGAAAGGAUGGUGGUCUUUGCAACUGACAAUCUUGCAACAAGCAGGUGUUCUCUGCAAGAGAUUCGUCGCGGGCGUUGCGAGGAAAUGGACAGAGAAGAAUUCAAGGUUAUGGCUUUGGUCACGAAAACGCUACCGAGGGUGCUGGCGAAGGACCUGUACGAGGUCGUCGCCCUGCGCACGCACAUCCAGUACAGCGACAAAGACUACAUCGAGAAGAUCUGCCGCUUCCUGCGCCCCCCGCGACCGACUCCGGUGCAGGACGCCCCCCUUUUGAGCGCCUCCAAUAUCCGGUCGCAUCUGGAUCGCUUUGAUGAAAUGCGGAGAGGACACAGGGAUCGGAGCAUGUCUGAGGUAGUGCAUUUGCAUCGCGAUAAUGAGGGUUAUGUCAUCGACCAGUACACCGCGUCUAUCAACAAAGGAGCGAGGGUGUCACCCUGGUCACAGAUGUCGCAAGAGGAUCGGGUUCAGAUGCUUUUAAAAUACACGAAGAGCCCAGAAAUGCCGGCAGAAAGCUACGCAGAAACAAGGAGUGUAAGCUACGUGUUAAUGGAUCAGGAAAACGACGGUAACGAGGAUGAAGAUUCGUUCCAGUUGGUCACUUCCUCCAGGUUCUUCAUCACAAGAACUUCCUGUCGGUUCUGAGAGGGAGAGGGAGAGAAAGCAAGAGAGUGAGUGAGAGUGAAUGAGAGAGUAGAAGAGCGAGAGAGCAACAGAGCAAGAAAAGAGAACAAGAGAGCGAGAGAGAGAGAGAGACAGAGAUAGACAGAUAGAGAUAGAAAUAUAUGUAUAUGUAUAUAUAGAGAGAGAUCAAGAGAGCAAGAUGGAGAGAGAGAGAUCAAGAGAGUAAGAGAGUAAAAGAGAGAGAGAGUGAGCAAGAGAGGACGAGAGAGAGCAAGAAA